AUGGGUAAUACAUCCUCAAAGCGAAAAUGUUCUGUCGAUAUUUCUGAUAGAUCCAGAAGCUCUCGUCAUGAUGAAGUGCUAUUUUCACCAAUCAUGUUUUCGAGAGCUCGAAAUCAACGUUCUUCAAUAAAACAAAUUCCAACUACGGAUACAUCCAUUACAUUAACAAAAGAUCGAUCACCGGUGAUAGCAACAACAACGUCGCCAAUGAAUUCUAACUUUCUUUCUCUACCUACGAACAGUACAUCUACACAACCCACAAAUCAAAGAACUUUAAACGCAAACACAUCGAAUAGUGGUAAUGAAAGUGUACGUCGUCGUGUUUUAAAUAUUCUUCGUUUUACUACUGGCCGUCCACCAACCGUUCGUUUUACUGAUCCACGUAAUAAAAAUUCGCGUAAACAACAGCAAAAUUUGUCUGCUACAACAAUGCACGACAAUGGUUCUAUAACACCAUCAAUAGCUUUUAUGAAAGAUGAAUUAGUCGAAUCAGCCGCUGCAACAGCAAAUGAACAUAUCAUUAAUAUAAUAACUUCGACAACAAACCAAUUAAACGAUAACAGUUGUAACAAUAUUGAAACGUGUGUUUUAUGUUGUCAGGAAUAUCCAUUAGAAGAAUUCGAACGCUUAACACUCUGUUCACAUUCAUAUUGUCGAACAUGUUUAAAAAGUUAUCUCAGAUUAGAAAUAACGGAAGGCCGUGUAAGCCUUAAUUGUCCACAUAAUGAAUGUCCCGAACGUAUACAUCCAUGUGAUAUAUCAAGAAUACUAGAAAAACAUCCUGAUAUUAUAUCGAAAUAUGAACAAUUUAUGGUACGCCGCGUUUUACAUUCGAUAACUGAUACACGAUGGUGUCCAGCGCCAGACUGUGGUUUUGCUGUUAUUGCAUCUGGCUAUGCAUCAUGCCCAGAAAUUCAAUGUCUGAGACCGGGAUGUAAUACAUCAUUUUGCUAUCAUUGUAAAGCAAUAUGGCAUCCAAAUAAAACAUGUGAAGAUGCAGCAAGAGAAAAAAUCUCAAGUAAAAUUCGUUCGGGCUCUUUCAUAAGUCUUACUUCUGCUCAACCAAAAGAUGAAGUAAAGCAAUGUCCUAGAUGUCAAGCAUCGAUACUUAAAAUGGAUGAUGGAUCUUGUAAUCAUAUGACAUGUCCAAUAUGUGAAGCAGAAUUUUGCUGGUUGUGUGGUCGAGAAAUAUCAGAUUUACAUUAUUUAAGUCCAUCGGGCUGUACAUUUUGGGGUAAAAAACAGUGGAGCAGAAAGAAAGUUAUUCUAUGGCAAGUUGCUACAUUAAUUGGUGCACCAGUUAUUAUUGCUUUGAUUGCUGGUGUCGCUGUACCAGGUGUAAUUAUUGGCGUACCUGUAUGGGCUGGUCGAAAAAUAUUUAAAAAAUUUAAUAAACCACAAUAUAGCAGAGCAAAACGAAAUCUUCUUGUUGCAUUAGGUAUUAUUGGCAGUGUAAUUGCAUCGCCAAUUAUUGCUGCACUUGCUAUUGGCAUCGGUGUUCCCAUUCUUUUGGCUUAUGUUUAUGGAGUCAUUCCGAUCUCUUUAUGUCGAACAGGUGGUUGUGGUGUUGCAACAAGAAAUGACUUGUCAGACGGUGAUGGUCGUAAUAUAGAGAGUAUAUUACCAUUUUCUUUACGGGACUUACCAUUAGCACGAACAAUUCUUAAUGAUAAUCAAAGUGUGAUGACACAUCCAACGAUAGGCGGUGAUUCUACUAGUCUAUCAAAUAGUGUCGUACAUCUCAUAGAUGACAGAAGCAAUGAAAGUACAAAAGCAUUACCUGGUACAGGAGCUGUGUCACUUUGCGAAAGUUUACCACCUUCACAUCGUGUGGAAGUUCAAGCCGAAGUUAGUGAUUGUAAAAGUUACGAUAUUGAAAGUAUAACUAUCAGUGAAAAAUCUUCAAAAACUAUGGACAGUCUCAAAGCAUUGGCUGGUUCGAUUAAAGAUGCAUGUGCUGUGCCUGGUGUUGAGUAUAACAAUGAUACUAUAUGCGGUAGUACUAGUGAUUCUAAUGGACGAAAAUCCAGUCUAUUGAGUAGUGCAUCGGAUUAUGCUCGUUCGAUAAACAUUGAACAACAUUCAACAUUACAUCGUGCAGGUUCACCAAAUACUGAUAAAACAGUUUCAUUUUUUGAUGAGCGUGUUAAAGUGAAAUCAAAACUAUCGCCUGAUCGUUAUUGA